AUGGAUUUGGUUCCCAAGUUGGGUUUUUGUGCUACUGUGCAUUACAUUUGGUGGGAGAGAAACCGAAGGCUGUUUGAGAACAAGGUUAGGACCCAUGAUCAGAUUAUAGAGGCAAUUCGUCUUGAUGUGGCCAUUAAGUGUGCUGCCUUUCCCAUUUCUGCUGUCCACAGCCCAAGGAACCAGUUCUUGGCUGAUAAUUGGGGGAUUAGGGUGGAUUGGAAGGUGAUUACUCAAAAAACCUGUGCUUGGUUUAGACCUCCUACUCACAUGGCAGUCCUUCACUGUGAUGGGUCUUUAACAGCUGAUAGAGCUUCCUAUGGUGGAAUCAUUCGUGAUGAUGCAGGUGUUGCCAUAAUGGCGUAUGCAGGGAAGGGAGAUAUUAAUUCUGUUCUAAGCAUGGAGCUCUUUGCAAUUUUAAAGGGGGUCACUUUUUGUAUUCAAAGGAACCUACUUCGGGUUUCCAUUAGAUCCGAUUCCAAAUUGGCAGUAGAUAUUCUUAAUGGGGCUAUGGACUGCCCUUGGAGCAUGCAAAUCUUGAUGGACCGUAUAGCUACGCUACUACAGCAAUUACAGCGUAAGGAGAUCAAACAUGUUUGGAGAGAGCUCAACCAGCCAGCAGACUUUAUUGCAGCCAUGGAUACGGGGGAUGGGGAAGCAAUUUUUAAUCCACUUGAUUUCCCACAGGACCUGGUGGAGUUGGUUAAGAAUGAUUCAGAUGGUAAAGUUUUUUUAAGGACCUUGUCGCAUUGA